GUGUCUCUCAGUCCCCGGCUCAGUUAUCGCGACACCGAGGCGAGGACGGCUUCCUGAUCCCGGCACGUGUCUGCGCUGGGACCCGCUCUCCGCCGGCUGUGCUGGGCUGUAGGCUCGCCUCCUCCGGGUCGGCCAGGCCGUGCGGAGUCGAGCCGCUGCCUUGGGGUGCGGCGAGAGUUGGCCAUGGGGAAGGCCAGGGCGACCGGGGCGCGCCCCAAGGCCCCGGGAGCCCCGGCGGGAGCGCGGGGCGGCCGGGCCAGGCCCAACCCCAACCCGUUCGAAGUAAAAGUCAACAGGCAGAAGUUCCAGGUUCUGGGCAGGAAGACGCGCCACGACGUGGGGCUGCCCGGGGUGUCGCGCGCGCGGGCCAUCCAGAAGCGCACGCAGACGUUGCUGAAGGAGUACAAGGAGCGGGACAAGUCCAACGUGUUCAUAGACAAGCGCCUCGGGGAGUACAACAGCCACGUCAGCGCGGAGGAGAAGAUGAUGCGGAGGUUCGCUCUGGAGCAGCAGCGACAACAUGAAAAAAGAAACAUCUACAACCUCAACGAAGAUGAAGAGUUAACUCACUACGGCCAGUCCUUGGCCGACAUCGAAAAGCUGAACGACGUUGUCGACAGUGACAGCGACACUGAGGAGCGAGGAACGCUGUCCGCCGAGCUGACGGCGGCCCAUUUCGGAGGCGGAGCGCUCCCUCGUGAGAAGCCCUCCCAGCAGCCAGGCCCGGAGGCAGCGAGGCCCAGGUCCCACAAAGAGCUCAUCGAGGAGCUCAUCGCCAAGUCCAAGCAGGAGAAGCGGGAGAGGCAGGCCCAGCGGGAAGAUGCCCUGGAGCUCACAGAGAAGCUGGACCGCGACUGGAGGGAGAUCCAGAGCCUCCUGGCCCGCCGGGCGCCCCAGGCCCAGAGCAGACGCCAGGAGAAACCCCAGCCUGACGCCUACGACCGGGCCGUGCGGGAGCUGGGCUUCGAGAUGAAGGCGCAGCCCUCGGACCGGAUGAAGACGGAGGAGGAGCUGGCCAGGGAGGAGCAGGAGCGGCUCCGGCGCCUGGAGGCGGAGAGGGUGCGGAGGAUGCUGGGGGCGAGCGAGGACCAGGACAGCAAGCGGCCUGCACACGUGUCUGCAGACGACUUAAACGACGGAUUCGUGCUGGACAGGGAUGACCGGCGUCUGCUCUCCUACAAAGACGGAAAGAUGAACGUCCAGGAAGCACAAAGCGGGGAAGCCAGUAACGGUGGGGACGAGGAGGACGAGGAGGAGGAGGAGGGAGAGGAAGAGGAGGGCGAGGAGGAUGCAGAGGACAGCGGCGGCUCCGACAGCCACUCAGACCUGGAAUGCAGUGUGGAGAGCGAGGAGGAGAGCGAGCAGCCAGAGCAGGAGCCGCGGCCACCGCCUGGGGGGAGGUCAACAGGCCAUGGUCAGGAAGCUCGGGACGCCGCCAGGACUGAGCUGCCCUACACGUUUGCAGCUCCCGAGUCCUCUGAGGACCUCAAGUCUUUGCUGGCGGGAAAGCCCGUGGAGGAGCAGCUGCUGGUGGUGGAGCGGAUCCAGAAGUGCCACCACCCCAGUCUCGCCGUGGGGAACAAGGAGAAGUUAGAGAAACUGUUCGGCUUCCUUCUGGAAUACGUGGGCGAACUGGCUACAGAGGACCCACCAGACCUCAGAGUGAUUGACAAGUUGGUUGUGCAGCUGUACAACCUCUGCCAGAUGUUUCCUGAAUCUGCGAGCGAGUCCGUGAGGUUUGUGCUCCGAGACGCCAUGCACGAGAUGGAAGGGACGAUCGAGGCCAAGGGCCGGGCUGCAUUCCCGGGGCUGGACGUGCUCAUUUACUUGAAAAUUGCUGGGAUGCUGUUCCCGACCUCUGACUUCUGGCACCCCGUGGUGACGCCCGCGCUGGUGUGCCUGAGCCAGCUGCUUACCAAGUGCCCCGUGCUGUCCCUCCCGGACGUGGUGAAGGGCCUGUUCGUGUGCUGCGUGUUCCUGGACUACGUGUCCCUGUCGCAGAGGUUCAUCCCCGAGCUGGUCAACUUCCUCCUGGGCAUCCUGUACAUAGCCACCCCCAACCAGCCAGGUCCAGGUUACGCUCUGGUGCACCCUUUCCGACCUCUGGGGAGGAACUCGGAGCUGCUCGUGGUGUCUGACGAGGGGGACGCGGCCACGUGGCAAAGGAGAAGCCUGUCCCUCCACUGGGCGAGCGCACGGCACGCCCAGACCGAGACGGAGGCCAACCACGCCAGGCUGUCCUGCCUGGCCGUGUGUCUGGCUCUGGUGAAGCGCUGUGUGCUCCUGUACGGCGCGCUGCCCGCCUUCCACGACAUCACGCGGCCCCUCAGAGCCCUCCUGGCGCAGCACCUGGCCGGCAGCAGCCACCCCCACGAGCUGCAGGAGCUGUGUCGGAGUGCGCUGGCCGAUAUGGAGGCCCAGGAGAGGCGCUACCAGCCCCUGGUCUGCGAGAGGAGCAAGCCUGUACCCCUGAAGCUGUUCACGCCCCGGCUAGUCAAAGUGCUGGAGUUUGGAAGGAAGCAGGGCAGCACCAAGGAGGAGCAGGAGCGGAAGAGGCUGAUCCACAAGCACAGGCGGGAGUUCAAGGGCGCGGUGCGGGAGAUCCGCAAGGACAACCAGUUCCUGGCCCGCAUGCAGCUCUCGGAGAUCAUGGAACGGGAUGCGGAAAGGAAGCGCAAAGUGAAGCAGCUUUUCAACAGCCUGGCCGAGCAGGAGGGUGAAUGGAAGGCUCUGAAGAGGAAAAAGUUCAAAAAAUAAACGGUUUUUAUCUUGGCAGGGA